AAGGUUAUGGUUUAAUGCUUCUGUGUUUACCUUAUCUCCCGAAGCUUGAUUUUUAUUCAAACAAAUCGAGUGUGCCAACAAAACAAACAAUGGCUGCUUCUACUUCUCCAAACUUCUCAACAUCUUUGCACAAGAACACUCACAAAACAAAGUUUCCUUCAUCAGCAGGGAAGAAUAUACUGCAUAACAAAGUUGGGUUCUCAUUUUCUGCGCCGUUCAGUAAAUCCGUAAGUGUGAAAUCCAUCGGCACUGCGAAGUAUGAUGAAGUUGUGGUGGAUGAAGAGUUGGACAAGAUUAGAAGGCUUCAGAACGGUUCAGAUGUUAGAGGAGUGGCAUUGGAAGGUGAGAAAGGCAGAAAAGUUGACCUUACUCCACCUGCUGUGGAGGCAAUAUCACAGAGUUUUGGUGAAUGGGUUAUCAAAGGAUUAGAGAAGGAACGAGGAUACCCUGUAGAGAAUGUGAGAGUGUCUCUUGGACGUGACCCUAGAAUUACAGGGUCAAAACUGAGUGUUGCAGUUUUUGCAGGUCUUGCUCGUGCAGGUUGCAUGGUGUUUGACAUGGGACUAGCUACCACACCAGCUUGUUUCAUGAGCACAAUAUUGUCUCCAUUUGCCUAUGAUGCUUCAAUCAUGAUGACAGCUUCCCACUUGCCUUAUACCAGAAAUGGUCUAAAAUUUUUUACAAAGAGAGGUGGAUUGACUUCAACAGAGGUGGAGGAAAUAUGUGAUAAUGCUGCUCGAAAAUAUGCAAAUAGGAUGGCCAAAAUCUCUACUUUGCUUAGUGUGAUUCCAACAAAAGUUGAUUUUAUGAGCACUUAUGCAAUGCACCUACGAGAAAUCAUCAAGGAGAGAAUCGAUCAUCCUCUGUAUCCUGACACUCCACUUCAGGGAUUUCAGAUUAUAGUUAAUGCUGGAAAUGGGUCAGGAGGAUUCUUCACAUGGGAUGUGUUGGACAAACUCGGUGCAGAUACCUUUGGGUCUCUGCAUCUGAACCCUGAUGGGAUGUUUCCGAAUCACAUUCCCAACCCUGAGGACAAAACAGCCAUGGCACUCACCAGAGCAGCAGUGUUAGAAAAGUCAGCUGAUCUUGGAAUAGUUUUCGACACUGAUGUAGACAGAAGUGGGGUGGUUGAUAACGAAGGGAACCCCAUAAAUGGUGACAAACUCAUUGCUCUCAUGUCUGCCAUUGUGUUAAGGGAACAUCCAGGAACAACCAUAGUCACCGAUGCUCGUACAAGCAUGGCACUCACCAGAUUCAUAACUGAUAGAGGUGGUCACCAUUGCCUCUACCGUGUAGGAUACAGGAAUGUCAUUGACAAGGGAGUUCAACUUAACAGUGAUGGAGUUGAAACACAUCUUAUGAUGGAAACAUCUGGGCAUGGUGCUCUUAAAGAAAACCAUUUCCUUGAUGAUGGUGCUUACAUGGUGGUCAAGAUUAUAAUUGAAAUGGUGCGGAUGAAGCUUGCGGGAUCAAAUGAAGGGAUUGGGAGUCUUAUAAAAGAUCUUGAAGAACCCUAUGAAUCAGUAGAGCUUAGGAUAAAUAUUGUCUCUGAACCACGACAUGCUAAAGCUAAAGGAUCAGAGGCCAUUCAAACAUUUAGAAACUACAUUGAGGAAGGGAGGCUGAGAGGGUGGGAGUUAGACUCAUGUGGUGAUUGUUGGGUGAGUGAAGGGUGUCUUGUAGAUACAAAUGACGAUCCAGCUCCCAUUGAUGCUCAAAUGUACAGGGCAAAAGUGUCAAACGAGAAACAUGGACAACAUGGUUGGGUUCACAUGAGACAGAGUAUUCAUAAUCCUAACAUUGCUGUGAACCUUCAAUCAUCUGUUCCAGGAGGUUGCUUGUCUAUGGCACGAGCUUUUAGAGAUGAGUUUCUCAAAGCAAGUGGAGUUUAUACAUUCCUUGACAUCUCUCAAGUUGAUAAGUUUACUGAAAAUGGUUCUAUAGCCUGAUUUGCAGUAAAUGUAAAUGUUUGGCGUUCAGGAUGAACAGCUUCAUCAAAGCUUAAACUUUUGUAUCAUUUCAACAUGAUAUUAGUUUAUAGUGAAUUAUUUAACAUAAACUUCAAGAAUAAAAGGAACAGAAAGAAUAUGUUGGACCAUCAACCUCACCCAUAUGUCCAAACACGUAUAUCUGAAGAAGCCUUUCUGGUUUAAGGAUUAGUAUGGGCUUCAGAGACAAUAGCCCAUCUUUGCUUUUGUUUUCCUGGAAAGGGCUUAUACAAGAAUAAAUCCAUCUUGCCAUGCUAUGUAAGUGUAAUGUUGCUCACGCAAUGAAUGGAGAAUCUUAGCUUUUAAAUUUUA